AUGACAUUUCUUACUAUCAUGCUGUACGAUGCAACCAGGACACUCUUAGAUAGCAGGUUUCUUAAAAAGGAUGAAAUAAUCAGGUCUGGUGAAUCAUUAGCAUUUGAUGCUCACUUGGUGGACAUUGGAGAGACUGAAGAGAUCCAUAAAGCUCCAAUGGGCUUGAAAGCUCCUGAAAGAAACUGCAGGGUAGUUGGAAAUAGAGGAACACUGCAUGAACAAGAAGACGAGGCCCACAAUGGCUCUCCUGUUGUUGAAUGGGAUGCUAUGUACAUGAGCCAUAUAACUCAGAAAAACAAGAAGUACCACAACGGUAUCCUUUUACUUGCACUUUGUGGUUCCUACCAAAAGCAGGUUACUCUAUUGACUGAAGAUGGGAACAUUUUGAGCCGCAAAUUCCUCAAGUUAUUAGAAGAUGUGACUACUGGAAGUGCAUUAAAACUGCCAAAUUAUUUGGUGGAGGUUCCUGAACUUCCCUUCUGUGAAUGUUUUAACUCGGAUGUUUUAGGAGAGUCUCGGAAGAAUGCUUCCCCUUUAAAACAUGUGGAUUCAAACUUUAGAAGCUACGGGACUGACAAAAUCAAAUUUAGUAGAAGAGUACCUGCAAAGCAGCCUUUUCGAGAUGUGCAUGAAAUUUUGUCCAUUCUCAAGAAACCCAUUAUUCAGGAGCGUUUUGGCAACAUGGAGAGGGCAUCUCUAGAGAAGCGCCAUGCUUCACAAUCUUCAGGUUUUUUUCAUUCUGAAAUUCAGAAUCAGGUAGAGGAACAAACUGUGCAGGACUUCUAUCAUAAGAGAAGUGCCACAGAGGACUGUGAUAAAGAAUUUACUGCUACGCACAACUACAGUGGUGAGAUUUCAAAAUCCAAAGCUGUUGACAAUGAUCCUUCGAUUGAGAUCAGCGAGUCAGCAGAUUCUAACAACAGAGGAGACUCACAACCAAAAUUUUUUACUUCAUCCAGCUUCACUCUGGGAUCAGGAGAAUCAGAGAUCUCAGGACUCAUGGUUAAUGAUGUAGUGUGCACAGAGUCUGAUAGAAGUAGGACAAGGCCAAAUGCUCCUGUUGUGGAGGCUCAAGUUUGGGAUGCUCUUAAAUUGGAUUCUGAGGGCCCACCGCCAACUGCAUCAGUGCUGCCAGAUAUGUCAAAUGGAAUUGCAGAAAAAAGGGAUUACCCUGAUUUAAUGCCUUCCAAAGGGAAAUCUGGCUUUAGUACCAGUCAUUUAUCCAACAAAGUGAAACCCGGAAACUUCCCCCAGCCUUGUGCAGUUAACAUGGGAAAUUAGUGCUACAUGUCAUGAAGCUCCUGAGCCUUGUGACAGUGAAAGGAAGAGUUGCGAGGAGCCCACAGGCACGAGAAAAAUGGAUGAGUUUCCAUGUUUUGAUCUUGGAUUUUGAACAAAGGCCACAUCGUAUUCUUUUCCUUUUGUGUGUCUGCUAUA